GGAUGAUGGAUUAGUUGAUAAGCAUUAAGUAUCGGUUAAACGUUAAUAUGUAAAAUAAAUGCUGUUUAAAUAUUUGUUUUUUUAAAGACGAAUUAUUUUAUGUUUUUAAUAGUUGAAAUAUUUUAACUUGUGUUUUUAUUGAAUUGAAUCUUUUUUAUUUUGGACAACUUUAAAAUAAAGUUCAGGUUUAGUAAGUAAAUAAUGCCACCAAAGUUUGGUGGUGCUCCGAAGUGUGGGAGAUGCGACAAGCCGGUUUAUCCCGCUGAAGAACGAUUGGCUGCUGGAAAAUCAUGGCAUUUUGGUGGAUGCUUCACUUGCAGAGUAUGCAACAAAACGUUGUCUUCUACAACAGUAGCAGAGAAUAAAGAAGCUCAAGAAAUAUUUUGCAAAUCCUGCUAUGGCAAGUUUUACGGACCAAAAGGCUAUGGUUAUGGUGCCGGCGCUGGUACAUUAAGCAUGGAUGCUGGUGAUGGAUAUGCAACAAAUAAUGCUCCGUUAAAUCAAUCUUUAUACACUGAAAACUACUUAGGUGGAAACCCUUGCGGACGUUGUGGAGGCUCUGUAUAUACUGCCGAACAAAAUAUUGCUUCAGGCCUGUAUUGGCACAAAAACUGUUUUCGCUGUCGAUCCUGCAACAAGAGUUUAGAUUCGACAAAUGUUCAAGAAAAUACGGCGGAACAAGAAAUAUAUUGCCAACCUUGCUACAAUAAGUUUUUCGGACCAAAAGGAUACGGUUAUGGUGUCGGAGCAGGGGCGUUAACGAAUACUGGAAGAAUUAGUCAAGAAUCAUACAACUAGAUAUUGAUGUUUUAAACAAAAUUUAAAUCCAUUACUUAUUUACAUUAUUUAUUUUAUAGAUUUUUAUAAAUUGUCUUUGUUGCAUUAUAAAUUGUAGUUAUAAUUUGUAUAUUAAAACAAAGCAAUUCUGUUAGAUUUUAAAAAA